CGAUUCCUGCAGAGGUGCGCAUACUUUGGAACCGAAAGGGAUCAAGAUCAAAAUUCACAAGUUCACAAUCACAAUUUUCCGGCGUCAGCAUCAGGUUUAUAUCAGUGGAAUGAAGUGAAAGGUUGUAUACAAAUGGAUAUCCAUAAGUACCUUUGCGAAUGGAAUUUAAGCGAUGAUUUCAUUGAACGAAUCGAAACUUUCGCCGUGUGGAGAAAUGGUUAUGCUAGGGAUGCGAUUUUCGUCACAAAAACCCAUGAAGUUUAUGCUGGUGGGGAUAUCAUAGAACUCUGCUGUGAAGAGGCAUCAAUAAACAUUUCCAACCCAAACGUAGACGUUUAUGAACCAGUGAAGCUAUCUGCGUUGUGUGGCAAACGAAUCAAAAAAUUUAUAAUCGGAAUUGGUGAGGUUUUCAUUUGUACUGAGGAGGGAGAUGUGUUCGGUUAUGGAUAUCGUUAUGGUCACGAUAAAAUUCCUUCUAAAUAUGUUUUUCCUGAGAAAGUUUCCCAGCUGCAAGGAUUGUGUGUGAUUGACAUCGCCAUAGGAAGAGGAGAAAGUUUGGCUUUAUGUGAUAAUGGAGAGCUGUAUUCAUUCAAAUUUGGUGUGCUAAUCAGACGCCUGGUGAAUAUUAAUGUUACACAUUAUGCAAAACCAUUGAACAUAUUUUAUACGUCAGAAGACUGUUACAUUUCAUUAAUGGAGAAUGGAAGAGUGAUGAAGCUGAUUUACGAACACGAUAAUGAAUAUUGCCCGCUUAGUGGUGUUUUUGAGAACAACAUGAGGAAUCACGCCGAAGUUAUAGGUUUUCAAAAAGCUAUCGAUCAUGGUAAAAUUGAAAAAAUAGCUUGCAGCAGUUCACAUGUGCUAGCUCUGGAUGAAUAUGGCCGUUUAUUUGUGGCUGGUAGCAAUUCUUGUGGGCGACUUGGACUUGAUAAAGAUGAAAAGUACCAUGGAGACAAAUUUGAACGCAAUUCAUUUUUUACUGAAAAAAUCAUCGACAUUGCUGUCAGUGGUGGCCUAUCAGCUGCGUUGACGGUAAGCGGUAAAGUAUACAUGUGGGGUUUCGGCCGAUGCGAAUCCAUUUUUAUACCUAAGCUAACGCCGUUAGAAUCGUUUCAUGAAGUUUUCUUUUAUUAUGGAACGUAUUUGACAACUUAUAAACCAAUCACCGUUCACGAAUUAUCAUCCGUAACUUCUAACUCAGUGAAAACCCUUGACAUUGCUACCUCUAAAAUCAAGCAAAUUGAACGUCCGCUCUCAGAUGCCCAAAAUGUACUGAUUGAUGCUUUCAAAAAAGCAUUUGACGAUCCGAAAUUCUGCGACUUAUUCAUCGUAGUGGAAGGUAAAACGAUUCCAGUCCAUAGAUCAAUAUUAUCCCUACGAUGUGAACAUUUUGCGGAAAUUUUUCAAAAAAGUUUGCCGAUUGAAAAUCCAAGUGUUUUAGAAAUCGAAGACGGUGAUUUCAAAGUUUAUAAAGCUUUGCUCAAAUUCUUAUAUACGGAUGAAAUCGACGAUACGUUAUCCUUCAACGAGAUUACAGAAUUACUCAACUUGGCCAAUAAAUAUAAUGUAGAACAGUUGGCCGAGUGUUGCGUACGACUCAUACAAUCCGAUAUUACCGCUGAGAAUGUUGUUUCUCUGUACGAACGUGUGCAUGUGAUGAGUAAAGCAACAAAGAUGAAAAAUGUUUUUGAUCAAUUGCAAAAAUUCUGCGUGAAGUUUACCGUGGACAAUGAUACGGCGAUCGUUUUAUCAGACGAAUUUGCUAAGCUAAAUGGAGAAAUGGCUAAAGAAUUUAUUGUUGAAGUUUUUAAAUACAAAUCCAAUUCUAAGAAUUGAAAUGUGCCACCGAUUAGAAGUAGUAUAUCUACGUCUUUUCCAAGCUUACUUAUCAUUUUUCUGUGAUGUAAGUGAUAUUAUUUUUAUAAUGCUCAAUGUUUUUAUUCUAUUUUUAAUUUGUUACGUUGCGUGGCGUUUUGUUUGAAAUAUGUUUCUUUUGUAAUAAAAAUUAAUUUCUCAUUUUUAAA